GGUGCCCCUGUGAGAAAGAGCUUUUGAAAAAUACAGCUUUUUAUGAAUACUUGGAUCCUAGAAAGUUGGCCAGGUAAAUUGUAGAGAAAAAAAAAUAGCUAAUAUUGAGCAGUUUAAUUUUAUAUGCCUAAAUGUUAUUUUUAUCAUUAUUAAUGAUAACAGACAUUUAUUGUGUAUUUGAGUAAGUUCUAGGUAUACAGUUGAUUAUGGCCCUGUUUGUGCUCCCACAGCUUGCAGUCUGGUUGGUAAGUAAGAACAUGUAUGAAGAUAAAUUAUAGUACAAGGUGACAACUGUACAUCCAAAGAGGAGAUAAGUUAUAGAGCUAGUGUCUCAGGGAUUCCAGAGAUAGAGCACUGCUUACUUUGUAGAAACUUAAGAACUUGAACUAGAACUUGAUCAAUGGAGGGUGAGAGAGGCACGUUCCAGUUGGAAGCAAGACUCUCCUACCCCUCCUCGUACCCCCGAAAAAUUGGAGGAUAGGAUUAAGCAUGGUGUGUAUAUGGGAUUAUUAUUAAGCCAGUGUGAUUGAGAUAGGAAACAUGAAACCAGAACCCCACUGAGGGGAUAACUUUUAGUGCCAGGCCAAGGAGUUUCGAUCUCAUCAAUAGGUCCUUUGACUCCCUUGAAUGUUUUUGUGCAGCAGUGUGCCAUGAUAAAUUGCAGAAAAGGGACUUGAGAAGUUGUGGUUCUCAGCCCUGACUGUACAUUAGAAUCGCCUGGAGAGCUUUUAAGGCACUGAUACCUGGACUGCAGCCUAGACUAAUUAUAUUAGAAUCUCUAGGAUAGAAUGUUUUCCCAUCCCCCCACUCCCUGAAGCUCCCUUGUAGUUGAGUGGAAGGAUGCUUACUUAAGUGUCUAUUAUCAUUUACAUAGGUAUGAUGUGAUUCUUUUUAUUCUGGAUUUUUUUUUUUUUUAAGUAUCAGAUUGAAUUGACCUGGAAUUUUAAACUUGGGAUAAAUAAUGAAGCUGAUAGGUAUUCAUGUGGCACACUUCCCAUGAAUCUCUAAAUGAUUUGGCUCAGUUAGGGUAGAAACUAAAGAAGUAGCAUUUGUCUAAAUAGACACAGGCUGAGGGUGAUUUUUGGCAUUCACUAGCUUUCCUACAACUUCUCAUGCUAUAUUUAGAGUUUUAUGGAUAGUGUAUCAGCAAUGGAGGGAGAAUUUGAGGACUGCACCUCUUUCUCCCGGAACAUACUUGUUUAACAUUUUGUUGUGGUUUUUGUAGUGGUGGGAAUUGUGUAAGUGUCUGCUGCAUUUAGUCAUUAGGUAUAGAAUAUAGAAGUAUGAGACAUUGUCUCUGCCCUCAAAGAAGUUUAUGAUUUCCUUCUUGGCAAAGGCAGGCGCAUUCAAAGUUGACUAACAGUGAAGUCAGAUUGUAUUAAUUCAUAUAUGAGUGUUUUUUUAGUGUGCCUUACUGUGCAUUGUGUGUGUGUGUGUGUGUGUGUGAGUACACUUUGUGGGGGAUAUACAGCCAUGAGUGAAACAGAUUUAGUUUCUACCUUUACAGUAUCCUCUAGAGUAUGAUACUAGUGUUGUGUGUAGUUAAGAGUUGUAAGAAUUCAGAGGGAGUUUUGCCUUUGAAAGAAAGUGAGGUUUGUGCCAUAUCUUGAAAGAGCCUUUACACCCCAACCAUUUACACCCCAACCAUCCUUCAGCUACCAGCACUGUUACUUCCUGUCCUUCCAUCUUUCACUGUGUCUCUGGCUUCAUCUAUUCUUUGAGUUUACAGAGACCUAGUCUCUCUAUCACCCCUUUCCUUCAUUUCUCCAUUGAAACUGCUUCUGUCCCUGUCCAGUGUAGUCCCCACAUUCCAUAUAUUCAGCUUCUCUUUUGGCAAGCAAGCUCAGCCUCUUGGGGCUCUUUUCUUCAGCCCUAACGCUGUAAACCUCUUGAUCAAACUCUUGAUCAAUCCAACCAUCCACAUUCUUCCAGGCUAACUGGUUGAUGAGCACUUCUUCAGAAAAAUCACACAUCCGGGAGGACUGACACCACCACAGUAUGUUGCCUCAGCCAGGAUCAUUUCAUCCCCUUAGGACUUGUGUAGUCCUAGUCAUUUUCCCCCAUUAUUCUCCUUACUGAUUUUUCCAAAUGAUACCCUUCCUUAAAGACAGUCUUAUUUCUUCCUUUACUGAGAAAAUUGAUGGUAUCAAUUGUUUAAAAAAAAAAAAGUGGUUAAACAACACCCUGCUUUCCUGUCGCAGUCCUCUAGCACAUUUGUAUACAGAUUCACUCUCCAAGGCUCAUGCCACCUGUUUGAUUGCCUGAUGAAUACCAAGUACUUUAUUAGGCAGUCGCUGGGACUGUGUAUUCUCAGUGCAAUUCCCUAGAAGAUAGGCUCCCAACAGUAGUACCCAGAAAGAAAAAUGGAUCUGAUGCAUAGGAGUUUUGGAAAUAUUUGUUGAAUGUGUGUCCCUCUUAACUCUCAGCUAAUGUUAUCCAUAAGUAAUUCCAGCUCUCUUCUAUUUAAAAGGAAGAGAUGCCAGUAAAGGAUUCCCCCCCCCCACCACCCCUGCCCCGCCCUGCCACGGGCUUCCUCCUGCUAUGUUUAUCCUCUUUCUCCCUUUUCCUUCAUCGCCAGGCUUCUUCAAUGGACAGUUGAUGCUACUACUUUUGAAUCCUUUUUAAAAUUUGUAGUUCUGUGGAGCAGGAAAUGUAUCCUGAAUAUCCUUGUAUAUCAGUGCCUAUUAACGUCUUGUGGACAAUCAAUAAACAAUCAAUAAAUAAGUAUAAGAAUGAAUUGAACAUUCUUUGCUUAAAAGAGGGCAUUAGAAUUGUUCUGAUCUCUAUUUGGUUAUUAAUCUUAAAAAUUUCUUUGAAGUGUGAAUAUUAUAGACAUACGUGGUCUGCAACGCCCUCCAGGGGUCUUUUUUGGUUCUUUCCUAUCAAGGUUUCAAAAGUGGCUUGUUUUUGCUACAACUAUACUGUGAUUCUGAUCCUUGCAGGUGAAGGAGUACCUCCUGGCAACUAUGGGAACUAUGGCUAUGCUAACAGUGGCUAUAGUGCCUGUGAAGAAGAAAACGAGAGACUUACUGAAAGUCUGAGAAGCAAAGUAACUGCUAUAAAAUCUCUCUCCAUUGAAAUAGGCCAUGAAGUUAAACAUCAAAAUAAAUUAUUAGCUGAAAUGGAUUCACAAUUUGAUUCUACUACUGGAUUUCUAGGUAAAACUAUGGGAAAACUGAAGAUUUUAUCUAGAGGGAGCCAAACAAAGCUGCUGUGCUAUAUGAUGCUAUUUUCAUUGUUUGUCUUUUUUGUCAUUUAUUGGAUUAUUAAACUGAGGUGAUGCAA